AUGAAUAAAUUUAUUCGUGAACCCGUGUACAUCACACAUAUAAAUAUAGUCCAUGUAAAUACGGGAUAUUCCACAACAGCCACAAAGCCUGUGUUUGCGGCGGCGGGUCAGCCACGUGACCCAGAUGAGGCCGCUAAUAAACAUGUUCGUAACAUGUCCGUCAAAAGGUCAAUUAUCACAGCAUUUGCAGCGGGCUUUGCAAUCUGUGCAGGGCAGACUCGACGCGGAUCUAACUGCUUCCUGUGGUGCUGGCCGCUGCCCAUUGUGCUGCGGGCACUUUGGAAUGUACAAGGGCUGGCGGCCAGUCACGGGAGCCGGGAGGGGAAUGGGGGCCCGGGGGGCAGCGGGCCCAGCCCGGGGGGCGGCAUCCCCGGCAGCAGCGGCCAGGGCGGCCCACCCCCUCCCUCAGCAGCGGCCGCGGCUGCCGGUGCCACCCGGCGGGGCGGCCCAGCGAGCGGCCCAGGUGGACCGUCCCGGGGCCCCCCUCUGGCUGCGGGCCCGGUGGGCGAGGGCGGCCCGUUCGCCUCGGGCGGGCCGGGGGGCGGCGCCCUGGACGACGCCCUCGAGCAAUGGAGCCGCAACCCGCUGCUGUGCUGGAUGUGCGAGGAGCUGUACGAGGAGCCAUGUCUGCUGGCCUGCUACCACACCUUCUGCGCCCGCUGCGUCCGGCCCAGACUGCACGACGCCAAGAUCGUCUGUCCGCUGUGUGGGAAGGUGACGGGGCUGAAGGAGGGACAGCUGCCUCCGAGGGACAACCUGAUGGUGUUCCUGGUGGAGUCUUCGUGUGAGGAGAGACCACAAUGUGCCAACUGUGAUAAAACUAACCAGUCCGCCAUGUUCUUCUGUAACACUUGUGGUCAAGCUCUCUGUGGCCACUGCCGAGAGGAGACUCACCGUGCGCGCAUGUUUUCUCUUCAUGACAUCAUCCACAUGUCGAAACGAGGUCGAGAAGUGAACAGAAAGUGUGCCAUGCAUGGAGAGCCUUACAUCAUGUUUUCGACCACCAAGAGGACAAUGCUAUGUAUCACCUGUUUCCGUGAGUCCUCCCUCGAUGCUCGGCUACAUUGCAUUGACCUGGAGACAGCAUACACACAAGGUUGCAAGAAAUUGGACAGAGCAGUCAUGAGCAUCCGUGAACUGCAGAAUUCGGUGCGAGAUGGCGUGAUCCUGUUCAAGGCGCUGCUGGACGAACUGCGGAAGAACAUGGAGACGGAGAAGCACCACAUUACCAACCUCUCGGAGAACCUGCAGGACACCGUCAGGAGGACGCAGGAUUCGCUUCUGAGGGACGUAGACGGGCAAUACGACGCCAAAGACAAGCUGUUCCGAAGCCAGCUCUCGUCCCUCGGCUCCCUCCUGCCCAUCAUCCAGGUCCACCUCCUGAUGUGUACGACCUUCUCGUCCUCGGCCUCCAAGUACGAGUUCCUGGAGCUCGUGUUUCAGCUCAUGGAGAGGCUAGCUGCCAUCGCCCAUCUCUCGCAUCCGCUCAGGCCGGGCCAAAGUAGCCAAGUGAGAAGUAACUUUAAGAGCGAAUUCUCCAGAAGCCUCGAGCCGCUGCUGUCCGUGGUGGGCAAGGGCCGCGGGGAUAUGGCCAUGCCCUCGGGCUCCUCAGGCUGCAGCGAGAAGCAGUCCUCUGACGGCGGCUGCACGUCCCGCCCCCCCUCGGCAGGAUCGGCCAUGCCCCCGACGGCCUUCGGGAUGCCAGGCUCUCGGCGCUCCCUGUCGGCGGCCAAACUGAAGAUCAUCGAGAGCGGAGGCCCGUUCGCCGAUCACUGCAAGUCGCAUGAGAACAAGUUUAGGGUGAACGACGUGGCGACCCUUCGAGACGAGAAUAAACGUCUUAUGAUCAUUGCUCAGCAACUUGAGCCUUAUAUACGCUCCAUCACGGCUCUUAUGGAAAGGAUAUCGCCCAAGCUCCAGGUGCCGCAGGGCCAGGCAAUGACCACGUCCCAGGCGUCAGUGGUGGAUUCGAGUGAGAAUAUCAUGCAACAAAUCCUGGACCAGAUCAGUGCUUGCAAACCGGACCAGCAACAAAGGGUCGAAGGGCGGGGAUGCGCAGACGGUGCCAGUCGAGCUUCCGGCCCUGUGGAUGACUCGGGCGCUGGUGGUGGAGGAGGAGGUGGAGGUGGAGGAGGAGGAGCGGGUGGAGGAGGUGUGGUGGGGUCGCCGGGGCUUCUGAUAGGGGGGAUACCGAAACCUCCUGACCCCCCUCAUUCCCGCAGGACGCCGGAUCAGGAGGAGGACCAGGAGAGCGACCACGCCCACGGCUUCUCUCCAGGGCCGGGCUCAGGUCGGGGCGAUCCGGGCCUCCCCACUAGGGACGCGGACAAAUACCGCGGCCCGGUGUCGCCUGCCUCCUCCAUGGGCUCCACCUUAGCGUCGUCCGUGCUGGGCGGGUCCUAUGCGGAGGUGCGGCGGCCCGAGCGCAGCGCGAGGCGCAAAAGACAGAACAGUGAGGGGGACUCUUUAGUGUGGGAGCGCCAACGAGGCUGUGAGAGUGAGAGCGAGAUGGUGUCCUCGACGUCCUCCUUGCGGAUCAACCAGCGCCGCGGCUCGGAGGGCAGCGAGGUGGAGGAGGGCAAGAAGGGGGUCUUCAUGCAGCUGCUGCAGAUGGUGCGCUUGCGCGAGGACAAGAAGAAGCAGGACUACGAGAGCGACGUGGACGAGGGCCGCGCCUCGUCCAGAGAGCGCGGGACGAUGGGCCGCGUCGUCCACCGCCUGUCGCGGACCAAGCUGAUGGCGGACCACCACCCGGACCACUUCCGAGACUUCACUUCGCUGGUCUUCGACCCCUCGGCCGUGCCCGAGAGGCCCAAGUCCGCCUGCGACAACACGCUGCUUCGAAACGCCGAGAAGCUCUACUCCGGGCUGGGCUCCGUGCGCGCCUACAGCGGCGAGCCCGAGGCCGGCGAUCGCGUCAGCGCCGAGCGGUUGAACGAGGUGCGCGAGGCGCAGGCGCGCGCCGUGGCCGCGUCGUGCCACUCGCGCGAGAACUCCGUGGGGCGCGCGAGGUCGGCCGAGCGGGAGGCCGCGGGCAUCAGGACGCCCAAAGCGGUGCCGGUGCCGCGCGUGCCGCAGGGAGGCCGCAGCGGCGAGUUCAGCCUGGGGGAGGUCAAGGCCAUCGUGCACGCCGAGCAGCUGGGGGGGCCGAGCCGCAAGUCCCCGGGGCGCAAGGACAUGGACGCGAUCUACUCGGUGGCCACGGUGCCCCGCAAGAGCGCGUCCAAGAAGGAGAACAUCUACGAGAACGUUCCGAUCCAGUCCGAGCUGAUGGGCGGCAGGCAGUUCCGCGAGGACCCGCGCGCCCGACCCGUGUUCAAGAAGCAGAACUCCCUGGACGCCCUUCCCUCCGAGUCGAGAAAGUCGAGCACGAUGCGCAAGAGCGACGGCGGCGGCGGCGGCGGCGGCGGCUCGGGCGGCAUGAGGCACGGGACGCUGCGGAAGGCGGACAGUUUCGAGGGGCACGAGGAGGCAGUGAAAACAUUGGUGGCAGCUGUCCAGGAGACAAGAAUAUUAAGGCGAAAGAAAACUAAAUGAUCAACUUUGAACAUAAUUUAUAAAAUGUUCAUGUUUUUACAGUUGUAUUUCCAAGCUUAUCAUCGCCUGCAGCAGAGAAAAACUGCAUUUUUUUUCUUCCUAUUAAGUCGAUAAAGUGUUGAUCAAUCAAAACAGUAGUCUGCCUAAUAUGUGAUCGUCAUUUUCAUGAAUAGGAAAAGAAGCGAAAGAAGAAGAAAAAGCCUAAAACGAGAUUACGAAAAAAAUGAAAGUUUCCAAAGAGAUCAUGCUACUCGUGCAGGUGUGUCGUGUUAUACAGUUUUUGAUAAAAGUUAAGGAGUUUAGAUGUAACUUGGGUAACUGCUAGAGACAAGGAAAUAGUUAUGUUGGCGAAGUGUAGGUGUAAGUGAAAAAAAAAUUAUAUAUAUAAAUAAAAUUCAAAAAUAAUCAGUGACAGUGUUACAGUACAUGUUGUGCUUACAUGGUUGUGACUAACAGUUGUACAGAAUUGAGAGCAAGUUAGAUGACGCAGACGGAGCGCGAGUGAAAUUUAGCAGAUUUGAACGAAUAUCAAGUUGUAUCCGACUUAGUUGAUCUUCAUCGUCGUCUCAAACACCGUGGUAUUUUUUAUGAAGGGUUGAUAUAAGUGUGAGGGUCUGUAGAAGUGUAUUUCUAUAUUAUAGUAAAAGCUGGCCUCAAAUGGAUACCGAUUUCGGGUGCUUUUAACAGGCCAAUAACAAACACAUUAUGUUAUAUACUUUGUUCAUGAAAAAAAAAAUACAAGAAGCAACAACAACAACAACAACAACUAAGGGUGUUCUAUGAUAGUAAUGUGUACUAAUACUAGUCUUUUAUACAUAUAAAGGUUCUGUAGAUGAUUUAUUUCUCUCUCUCUCAAAAAAAAAAAAAUCAAGCAAACUUUUUAACAAGAAAAAGCUGCCAAUUAUAGGUUACAGAAGAAAAAAUAAAUAAAUAUUAAUAAUCAGCUGUUAACCGCUAGAUCCUCACUUCCCGUAGAUGAACUUAGUGAAUGCGUGUGAGGCAACUUGAAGAGGAAAAGGACACAGAAAGCGCGACAGAUUUCCGCCGAGAACAAUCAAAAUGAUAUCAUGAAGACGGGGCGAUAGCAGCCUGCAAUCAAAGUUAUGUGUAGAUGUAUAUGCAUAUGUAUAUAUGCA